CUGACUUUUCCAACAACUUAGUCAGGCAGUUCGUUCAACAAUACCAGUCAUAUUAAACUUAUAUUUCUUACUUAACUGAGCUGUAUUUCAAUUGAAAAAAAACUAUUAAAAUUCUGGUGGACAUAGUGGACGAAAAUGUCCAAUCUGCAAGAAAUACCACUAGCCGACCCCGAAGGCUUGCCUGUUGACGGCUCCAAUGUGGCAACCACGCCCAAGUCUAAUUCAUUGAAACGUUUCUUUAAAAUCAGUAAGAAACCAAUGAUGCGGGAUCAAGUGGAGGAUGAGAGCGAAACCUCAUCCCAGGACAACAAGGAGCUGGGGAAGUCCAACACGAUAAGUCGUUUCUUCACCCGUAUGAAGGGAUCCAGCAAGGACGGCCAGGAGCAAUCUACCUCGAUAGCCGCAGACCCUGUGGAUCCUGAGAAGCCGUUGCCCAAUAUAAAGCCCACGAUCAAGACAUCUAUUUCGACGUACUGGAAGCUGCUGUUCAAUCGCCAAAAGAGCCAGCGUCAAAAUGCCAAAUUGGGACUGAACGAUAACCCAGAGAAUGAUUCGGAGGAGGUGCAUGAACUGCAACCGGUAAACCAAGAGACAGAAACUGAUGGCCAACCUGAUGCCAAGGAGGACCAACCUGAAAUUAAGGAAGAAAGGAUGGAUUCGGAGGUACCAAAAGCGAGUUCCCUAAAACCGGUUGCCCACAAGGCGUCUGGACAGGACAUUCUAAAUGCAUUAGAGGGAGGUCAGUUAACCACUAACAGCGAGCCGGUGGAUGAAGACUUUAUUCAGCCAGCUCCAGGUUCUCUCAAUCUCAAUCUCUAGGAUGGCAUCUAACAUUUCUCCCGAUCUCUGGGCUCACUGAUCUCUGAACUGUGGGUGCUCUGAAACCUGAAACACACAAAACCAAUCUCUAUAAACUAAUCAAGGAUUCAAGAUAUAUCCCCUUAUGCUGAAAUACUCAAAACACAUCCGCUUUAUUUCCACCAAUUAUAAUUGCAAGUUUGCGUCACAAUAAACACCUUCUCCAAAAAGGUAUUUAAAUGUC